AUGGUGUGGAAGAGAAUUAAUGAUAAUUCAUCAUUUCGGACUGGAAAGCUGUUUCCAUCGAAACGUCAGCUUGAGUAUGUCUGCCGGUUCAUCAAGCCAAUCACCUCAGAAUGGGAACUUCGAUACUGCGAACGACACUGGAAAAUCAAGUUUGCACCAUAUUUGCCCGAAUCACUGAAAAUGAGAGUCUCAGAAAGGAAGAAUUUACUGAGUGAAGAGGUUAGGCAAAUGUCCGCCGACCGUGUGACAGAAACCAGAUCAUCAGCCAAAGUUAAGAGGCAAAAGUCAGAAGAGAAAGGAGCCUACUCUAGCUACAGGAGUUGCCAAGCAGAUCGAUUCUGUGUCUACCAACAGGAGGGUAAUGAAUACAUUUCUGUGAUUGUGAUUGAAUAUAAGGCACCUCACAAACUCAGGCAGGCUGGGAUGACCACAGGACUGGCCAAAGAGAUCCGUCCUGCUCCGGAUGUGAUUUGUCAGGACUCUGAUGAUACUGGAUUUCUGCUGUAG